CAGGUGGAAGUGAAUGGAUUAUGCGUCUUAUUGCAAAAAAGAGAGCAAUACUAAGAGCAGCUAAGAAAGCCCAGAGAAAUCGUAAACAUCUUAAAAAGCAUCGCAAGAAGGCUCAACAGUAUCUCCGAUCCUUCACUUCAAGCAGAAGACAUAUCUCUCUCCCCAGAUAUUUAUAUCAUCCUGAGGGACAAAGUUCAUUAGAAGGAAACAGUGGAAGGAGCGAAUCUGCUGGCCUUCCUAGUGCCAUGGAAGGCAGUGCUGGGAGACUGAGGCGAAGAUCUUCCUUCCGCAGAAGAUACAUGGCUCCAUAUACUAUCAUGGUAACACAGAACACUGUACCAGAUUCUGACCCAGAUUCAGAUGACCAAGAAGACGGUGAUGAUGAUCAGGUUGGAAGUGAAACUGAUGAGGAGAUUGAAACAAUUGAACAAAAUUUUAGUGAAGGGGACAGUGGCAAACGUCUCAUGUGGUCUUCUGACAGUGAUUCCAGUAGUGAGGAGGACCUACCACGUACAAAACGAAAACGUAAAGACUGUAUUGAUAGUGAUAGUGAAGAUGAUGAUGCUCUUGAGACUAAAAAUGGAGAUAUCAUACGGGUAUCAGAAAUUGUGGACUCAAAUUCAAGUGAUUCAGAUGUAGAAAGAUCAAUCAAUGAUAUAGUACUGGAAAAUUCGGACAGAAAUCUUAGCAGUGAAGGCACUAGCAGUAGAGUUACUUGCUUACCUGAUAUUUUAAGUGAUACCAGUCUGUCUGAGACAGCCUUAGGUAUUAAUAGCAAUGGAGUCAGUGACAUUGGUACUGACCUGAACAUUAGCAGUGCAGUAAGUGAUGCAAUUCCAAUCAGCAGUAUCACAACAGAUGACAAUGGAUCUUUAUUAUUUGAUACAGACCACAACUCGCUUGUUUCUGGUUUAGAUCUCCCAGGAAGCCUAGAUUUGGUUGCAUCAGCAGCAUCUAAUCGAAAGCCAGUGCAGAACGGAACCAGUCAGACAUCCAAUGGCGCUACAUGUGUUAGUACAUCAGAUAAUGGAAUCUCAGUUCUUCCAUCUAGUACUGAAAAGAGUGAAGAUGACUGUGGAAGUAGGAAAAAUCAUGACAACAGAAAUGGUGUCACUGAAACAGAAAAUGGAAAUGGUGAUGGUGAACAAACUUUAACAUUUAAGAAGAGAAUGCCUACAAGUAAUCUUAGAAAUUAUCGAAGACACAAUGAAGAAGACCUUUGAAAUUUAUUGUGGGAAAAAAAUGUACAUUUCUUUUUUAUGAUUACCUAAAUGGCCUUUGUCAGUUUCUGCUAUUUUCCUUUCACCUUUGUUAAUAUUUAAGAAGUAUUUUUUUGCUGCCAUUAUUUGCUUUAUAGAUUUAUAUUGUAGUUGUAGAGUUGAAUAUAUACAGUAUAGGCCAUUGGGCAUUGUGUGAUAUGUAAUCUAUUUUGAAAUAGAUUAAAUGAAUUUGGAAUAUUAGCUGUUUGUUUAGAUACAGUCUAUAUUGUUUGAUCACCAAAGAAGCCAAUUUGACAUUUUUUAUCUUUUUCAAAAAAAGGGGGACGCUAUGAAGGUCUGGCACGAAAAUGUGUUAAGGAAGAUGCUCACAUUGUGUGCAUAUUGGGCUCAAAUUCUCUUACCAGAAGUUGCUUAUUUUAUGUAAAUUAUAAAAAUUCAUUUGCCAUAGUUCUGACAUUUUAUAUGAUUUCAUACAACUAAACUGAUGUAUUUUUUGAGUCAUCAUGUUAGUUUUUGGUACAAGAUAGUAAUACCAUACAGUUUUUACUGUUAUUUUUGCUCUUUGUUCAGGUAUUCUGCCAACUGCUGGGGUCAUAUGCUGCAGAAGUAGGCUUUUUCAUUCAGCCAUUUUACAUUGUCAUUGUAUUUAAUUAUUCAUCAUCAUUAAACUUCUGGAGCCUAGCAAUUGUAGUGAAUGCCCUGAGUGUGUGUGACCAGGGGCAGUAUUCACGAAAGGUCAGUGACUCGUCUUAGAGAUUUUGUCUAUGAUUUGUUCUGUUGCUACAUCUCGAAGUUCAUGCUGCUAUUUAGAACAAACAUUUACAUCAUUAUAGACUGAUGAUUGCUGAUUGCAGUAAUACAAUUUACUACAUACUGCAAAAAAUUCAUUUAAUUUGUUAGUGACCCUACAAAAGUCUUUGACAGUCAUUUUUUUCUCUAUGACUCAGACAGAGUUUUAAGACGGGUAUGGAGUGUCCCACACAUAUAAGUAGAGUCUUUGAGACCACAGUGCAAAUUUACAUAACUGUGAUCUGAUGUCAAAUGUUAAUAUAGCCAUUUCCUACAUUUUCUUUUUAUUUUCAUUUCAUGUCCAUAAGGACUGUUUUUAUUUUGUCUUCAUGCAAUUUUUCUCACAUUGAAGAUUACUCUGCAUUUGAAAUAAUAAGGAAAAAUUGGAGGGUCUUUUGAUUUAGUGUCCGUUGUUCAUUGAGCCAUCCUUACAUUUCUACUACAGUAUUUUAUGUAAAAAAUACAAAAGCAAUUCCUACCAUUACAACUGAUGCAAUUACAACAGACAUGUGGUAUCACAUAACAGUUAGAUAUACUACAAGUGUAAUCAUAAUAUAAGUAACAUUUAUUGUAAUAUUAACCUUAUCAUAUUAUUACAAUAAAUUAUCAAUGAUAUAAAUGUUAGUUCUAAUUAGCAGCUUUAACUUAGACCUGUGGCAUCAGCACAAAUCACAGACAAAAUCACAAAGAACAGUCAUAGACCUUUCGUGAAUAUCACCCCUGGAAUCUAGUUUGAUAGAUUAUCAAGUUUUCAGUUCUUGAUUGCUAAUAUUUUUGUGCUUAUGGUAUUCUCAGUAAAAGGGUAUUUUUACCUUUAAAUUUUGCAGUAUUUUUUAUGUAACUUGCAAAAUAUGUAAAAAAAAAAAAAAAAAAAAA